CCACAACUGCGCAUCUGCUUCUUUUCCAAAAGCCCACGAUAAGAUUCUUUUGCUCUCGUCAUCUUCACCAUCUUUGCUGCUACUUCACUCUCUACUAGAUUUUGCCUUCUCGAACCUCGAUCAUGCCAGUCUACUAGACCCCUUGUCCCAAAUAUCCAAUCUGUAAACAACCUGGUUGCUAUCACUCCUUGCCAACUUUCCGCACCAUGGCUCAACUCUUUCCCUUCCGCGACAUCAACGUCCAUGCCUCUGUCUCUCACUACGCCUUCACUUCCCCUUCCACCCCCUCUGCGCCUACCUUGGUUGUCGAGCGCCCGUCCGGCGACAUUAGACUCAAUGACGGCUCUCUCCUCGGGGCUAAACGAGUCUCUAGCAUUGCUGGCAUCUUGGGCAUAAUAAAAUUGAAACUGGACAAGUAUGUCAUCGUUAUCACGAAAGCCCAGCCCAUGGGGAGAUUGCGCGGACAUAUGAUCUAUAAGGUUGUCGCAACUGAAUUCCUCCCUUUGCGAGAACGGCCAGUCCACGAUCCAGAUGAAGACACAUACCUCACAUAUCUCAAGGCCCUACUCGCCAAAGGCCCCAUGUAUUUCUCCUACUCCCACGAUGUCACUUCCAGCUUUCAACGCCAGUCCAAUACCGAUCUUUCCCAGCCCCUGUGGAGACGUGCCGAUGAUCGCUUUUUCUGGAACAGAUUCAUCCAGACCGACCUCAUCGAUUUUCGUACCGGUGGCGGCGCAGGUUCCGCGAUCCGUGGUCAGCCUCAGCCUGGCGUAGACCCGUAUAUCCUUCCCGUCAUGUUUGGCAUGCUUCGAAUUACCCCAGCAAAAAUCAAAUCCACUAGCUUUACCUUUGCCCUCAUCACCAGACGGUCGAGAUUCCGUGGAGGGACCAGGUAUUUCUCUCGUGGAAUCGAUGACCAGGGUCACGUCUCCAAUUUCAAUGAAACCGAACAAAUUGCCAUUCUCAAUGAUGCCUCUGGCCAACCAACUGGUUACGCAGGCGGCUCCGGUGUUCAGAAUGGCAAGGUGGGGGCUCAACCAUCAGAAUCUCAAGUUCUGUCAUAUGUGCAAACUCGAGGCAGUGUUCCUGUCUAUUGGGCAGAAAUCAACGACCUUCAUUAUACCCCCAAACUCCAGAUCAGAGGCGUUGAGACCGCCGUAGAGGCCGCUCGAAAGCACUUCGACGAGCAGAUCCGAACCUAUGGCGAAAACUACCUUGUCAACCUUGUCAAUCAGCGUGGAAGGGAAGAACGGGUUAAGAAAGCGUAUGAGCAAGUUGUCCGUAUCUUGGUCAAUUCUCCCCAAGAAUCCACCGAGGGCGAUCGACGUACCGACGAGAAGUUCCGCGAGAUAAAUCCUUCCACCCAACACCAGAGUAUGGACAAAUUGCACUAUGUCUAUUUUGACUUCCACAACGAGACAAAGGGUCUCAAGUGGCACCGCGCCGAGUUACUAAUGGACGAGCUUAUCGAUGGCUUAAGAAUGGGCCAGUAUUUCAGAGGCGCCGAGAAUCCUGGGUCUCCUUCCGGCGCCCUUGAAGUUCGCACACAACAAAGUGCUGUCGUGAGAACGAAUUGCAUGGACUGCCUCGAUCGAACAAAUGUCGUGCAAAGUAUGCUGGGACGAUGGGCUUUGACGCAACAGUUUCAGGAUAUUGGCAUUCUACACAAGGGCGAAAAGGCUGGCGAUGAUGUCACUUUUGAAUUCCUCUUCCGAAACAUGUGGGCUGAUAAUGCCGACGUUGUGUCCAACGCCUACUCAGGCACUGGUGCCUUGAAGACAGACUUCACUCGGACUGGCAAACGUACAAGGGCUGGUAUGCUACAGGACCUCAACAACUCCUGUACUCGAUAUGUGCGAAACAAUUUCCUAGACGGCCCACGACAAGAUGGCUUUGACCUGUUCUUGGGCACAUAUCUGCCAUCUUCCUCAGGCGCCGGCUCUUCAUUGCAGACAAAAGACCGGCGACCACUCAUCAUCCAGGCCGUACCAUACAUCCUGGCAGCCUCCAUCUUCAUCGUCAUCAUCUCUCUAAUCACUCGACGACCCCCCAACGCCGCAAUCUGGCCCCUGCGCAUCUUUACCAUUCUGUGCCUGGCCAUUGCUGCCUGGUCUUUCCAGUUCAUCUACGGCCAUGGCCUGCUCUACGUCAACUGGCCCAAACUCAAUACGCCGGCCUAUGCCGUCGAAGGCUACUCCUCCGCCCUCCACCGUGCCCAGAAAGAUCCCGUCAUUGGCUCGCUCAUCGCUGUCGCUCAUGUCAACGACCGUCGUGCCCGCAACAUCAGUAUGGCCAAUGUUGGUUUUAUGGAGGAGGGCAAGAAGAGGAUAGAAUAGUUCAAACUCUAGAUCACCCAAUUAGCGCACUUGGUCGACUCAAUUUGCGGUGGAAUAAUGAAGUCUAUUUCCGGUUCCGAUUAUUGCCUCCAUGUAGAGGUCAGGUUUUGAGAUGAUAUCAAAUCACAUCUUCCUCCUUUUGAAUAACCAGAAAGUGAUCCAAC